UACUAAAUCCGGCUCUAUAUAACGUCCGUUGAGUUUCGACAUUCUCAUGCAUCAUCACCAAGCAAAUCCUCCUUGCCACAUCACAUCCUCGGUGACUCUCUUCCCAGACAUUGUCUCACACUAUGGCACCCUUCAUCCCACCCCAGCUUCACGAGCUGAUCACCCAUGCCCGCACCCACUCUCCCUACUACCGCGCGCUGUACGCGCACCUCCCCUUGAACAUCAGCGACCUCGCAACCCUCCCGCUGGUUGACAACACAGCGUACUGGCGCGCAGCGUCAACAGACCCCAACAAUCCCAAGGGAGGGGUGCUGACCAGCGCGCUGACAGACGCGGUGAUCAUGCGCAGCGGAGGCUCGACGUCGGAGCCGAAGACGGUGUACAUGACGCGGGCGGAGUUCCACGCGACGUCCGCGAUCAAUGGGGCGCUGUUCGGGCGCAGCUGCGGCAUUCAGGCGGGCGACCGGGUGGCCAACCUCUCGUCGCAGGGCGGCAUGUACUCGGGGUUCAUGACGUACGGGUACACGGUGAUGAACUGCUCGGUGCCGGUCGUGAAUAUGCCCAUCAGCGGCAAGGAGCCACCUCCAAGCAUCACGGCCGACAUCCUGCAGUUCGGCGCCACCGUCGUAAUCAGCAACGUCUUCAUCGCCACAAAGUUGGCGACCUACCUGCGCGACCGCGGCCUGACGCUGCCCACGGUGCGCCUGAUCCUGUACACCGGGGAGCCGUUUUACAGGGACCUUCGCGCGCUGUACAACGCUGCCUUCCCGCAGGCCGUGGUCCGGCCGUUGGCGUACGCGUCCGUCGAGUGUAAGAUCGUUGCGUUUCCGGCCUACGAGCUAAACGAGGGGAACGAGGACGCGGACGUCGAGCCUACGUAUAGGGUGGUGGAUGAGGCGGUCGUGCUGGAGAUCGUUGGGGAUGAUGGGGCGGUUAUUCAGGAGAAUGGCGUGCGCGGGACGCUGGUCGUCACGAAUCUGCUCAAGAAGCUGCAACCCACCAUCCGGUAUCCCAUCGGGGAUGUGGGCGAGUGGGUGGAUGUGCAGGCUGGCUUGUUCAAAUUGAGGGGCCGCAGUAAUGUUGGGCUCAAGGUUGGCACGGCGCUGCUGGAUAAGGCGCUGCUCAGGAAGCUGGUCAGUCGUGUGGUGGGCGAGGGCGUGGCUGAUAGCUUCCAGACGGUCAUUCGGAGGAAGAACGCGCAUAAUAUCGUCUUGUUCCGCAUAGCGGCUGAAGCGCCCAAGGAUGCAACUGCCAUUCCGCAGAGGCUCGAGGAGGCGAUCAUCGAGGCGAAUCCGAGCUGGGCGCGCAAUCGCGAUGCGGGCCAGAUUGCUCCUGUCGAGGUGGAGUGGGUGAGGUUUCAGGAUUUGGUCUUUCUGGAGGCAAGUGGUAAGCUUAAGGAGGUUAUUGAUGAGCGGUUUUGACAUGCCAAACAUUAUGUACAUACGUAAAAUGGGGUUAGAUUUGUUCUAGUG